GUCAGAGUUCGCGAAGUUCGAAAACAAAAUGGCUGCUGAACCAACACGAGAGUGGAGCGCUGAGAAACUGAAUAGUGAUGAAAUCCCAAAAAAAGACCUAAUCAAAUUUCUACAGGACAAUGCAUCACAUUCGUUUCUUCUUGAGCACAAACUCAUGGGAAAUAUCAAGAAUGUUGCAAAGACUGCAAAAAAGGAGCAGCUUAUUGUCGCCUACAACCAGCUGUUUGAGAGCAAGAGAUUUAAAGGCACAGAAGUGGAGCAGGUGACUGAGGCGGUGAAAGCUGUGAAGAUCGAAGAGAAACCCAAAGGAACAAAAACAGAAGUUGUAGAUGAGGGCCCUCCUAGGUUCACAAAGACAGUGUUAAAGAAAGGAGACAAGACUAACUUUCCCAAAAAAGGAGACACCGUGGCAUGUUGGUAUACUGGCACUCUUGAAGAUGGCACUGUUUUUGAUACCAACAUCCCUGCAGGGGCUCGGAAAAAGAAGCAGGCUAAACCACUUUCCUUUAAAGUCGGGAUUGGCAAAGUUAUCAGAGGGUGGGAUGAGGGACUCCUGACUAUGAGUAAAGGUGAGACUGCACACUUGGAAAUCGAGCCAGAAUGGGCCUAUGGUAAAAAGGGUCUUCCUGAUUCAAAAAUCCCACCAAAUGCUAAACUCAUUUUUGAGGUUGAAUUGGUGUCCAUUGAUUAGGAUGACUACCGUUCAUUUCAGCAGAGGAGGAAGAGGAAGAACCCUUACAGCAGGACACAAGGUCAUGUUCAGUCUUCAUUGUUAAACUCAGUACAAGUGGGAGCAGGAUGUGGUUUGAGAUGCGAUUUCUCACAUUACUUUGCAUGUUUGUUUUUUGUUGUGAGAGAAGUUAAUAAAGUUCAGAGCUGGCAGUGUUUCCUUCCUUCCCCUGUACAGUUCCUCUCGUAAGGAUUAUAACCCUGAUCCUGGAUUCAUUGUUAUUUUGAAAAUGAACAAUAAAAGGAAGUUCGAGUA